AUGAAUGGGGGUUAUGUUUUCUUCAAUCGCAGACCUGUAAUAUUGAAACCUUGGGACCCUAAUACUAAUUUCAAGAAAGAGGAUGUCAAGUGUGUACCAAUUUGGGUGCAACUUGAGGAUCUUGAAUUGAAAUAUUGGGGCCAAAGGUCUCUUUUUAAGAUUGUUGGGCAAAUUGGCAAGCCUCUUAUGGAGGAUGCUAUCACUAAAGAUAGGGAGAGGCUGAGCUAUGUUAGAGUGCUAAUUGAAGUGCAAAUGGACCAACAACUCCCGAACUUGAUUGAAUUUGAAAAUGAAUAUGAUUUUAAUACCUCAGUUUGUGUCAAAUACGAAUGGAGGCCGAUUACUUGUUCCCACUGUUCUGGAGUUGGAAAUUCUGCAGAGGAAUGUAAAAAAGCUGCUGUUCCUGCUAAGUAUCAGUGGAUUGUGAAGAAUGACAAUAGAAAGAAUAACAUUCCUACUGCAGAUGCUGAUGGUUUUACCAAGAUUGUAAAAGGGCCGAGAAUGGACAUGAAUGGAAAGCAACAGGUGUCUGCUGCAGUAAGGGUGGUGAACACAUUUCAGGCACUUACCUUAGAGGAACAAGAUGGAAAUAAUGGGGAAAGUAAUGCUGAAUAUGGUGAUGACAAGGCCACAACUGAUGAAGAGAAUAAUGACAAUACAAGAGGAGGGGGGGGGGGAGGUCCCUCUCUUUCUAAUGGAUAG